CAGCUGCGAUAAGUCACGUGACUUCAGGUCCAAGUCUCUCUCUUUCCCGGAACUUCUUUAUUUUGAGUCACACCCAUUUAUGGUCUAAACUCUUUUGUUCUGGUUCUGGAUCAGUCGGCCAGUCCGGACGCUGCAGAGAAGACACCGAGCUCCCAGUCCGAACCGAACCCAGAACCAAGCGCCUCGCUGUCAUCAAGUUGAAGACCGGUGGAACCCGAGAACCAGGCAAGAUGCAGGUGGACGCGUCCAUCAUCCGGAUCCCUCCUCACCACUACAUCCACGUCCUGGACCAGAACACCAACAUCGCCCGCGUGGAGAUCGGACCGCUCACCUACAUCCGUCAGGACAAUGAGAGGGUUCUGUUCGUGCCAGUCCGGAUGAUCAUGGUGCCGCCUCGACAUUACUGCGUGGUGUCCAACCCCGUCGCCCGGGACGACGACAGCCAGGUCCUGUUUGACCAAUCGGGUCAGGCCAAGCUGCGGCACGCCGACCUGGAGAUCCGUCUGACCCAGGACCCGUUCCCUCUGUACCCCGGAGAGGAGAUCCGGCAGGAUGUGACCCCGCUGCAGAUCGUGUACCCGGACACGGCGCUGCGUCUGCAGGCGCUGCUGGACUUCGAGGACGAAGGAGGCGUGAAGAGAGUCGCCGGAGACGAGUGGCUCUUUGAAGGACCAGGAACCUGCAUUCCCAGGAAGGAGGUGGAAGUUCUGGAGACCAUCAAGGCCACGGUGAUCCACGAGAACCAAGCCAUCAGACUGAGAGCUCGCAAGGAGGGCAAAGACCGUGGAGGCGUCCAGAGAGUCACAGGUGAGGAGUGGCUCGUCAGUAAGGUGGGAGCGUACCUGCCAGGUGCUCACGAAGAGGUCAUCGACAUCGUCAACGCUUUCAUCCUGACUGACAAGAAAGCGCUGCACGUGCGCGCCCUUCGGCCCUUUAAGGACGUAGGCGGACGCGAGCGGCGGACGGGCGAGGAGUGGCUCGUCACGCUGGCCGACAGGGAGGCGCACAUCCCGUCGGUGGCCGAGGAGGUGGUGUGUGUGGUGGAGGUGACCACGCUGAGCAGCAGGCAGUACUGCGUCAUCCUGGACCCGGUCGGAGCUGACGGGAAGCCUCAGCUGGGCCAGAAGAAGGUGGUGAAGGGCGAGCGCUCGUUCUUCCUGCAGCCCGGUGAGCGCCUGGAGAAUGGCAUCCAGAACGUGUACGUGCUGUCGGAGGAGGAGGGUCUGGUGCUGCGAGCCGUGGAGGCGUUCAACGAUGAAGAGUUUGAGGAGGAGGAGGAGGAGGAAGAGGAGCUGACCAGGGAGAGAGCGAAGCGCCCCAGGCAUGGCGCCGUCCUCCGUCGUCCUGGAGACCGCUGGAUGCUGCGGGGGCCCAUUGAGUACGUUCCCCCCGCCAGCGUGGAGGUUGUUCUGAAGCAGCACGCCAUCCCACUGGACGAGAACGAGGGGAUCUACGUCCGGGACAUCAAAACCGGAAAGGUGCGCGCUGUGAUAGGACACACCUACAUGCUGAACCAGGACGAGGAGCUGUGGGAGAAGGAGCUUCCUCCGAACGUGGAGACGCUGUUGACGUCCCGCCAUGACCCGCUGGCCGACCGCUCGACCCGCCAGGGGGGCGGAGACGUCCAGCCCAGGAACAAGACCCGGGUCGUGACCUUCAGGGUCCCCCACAAUGCCGCCGUGCAGGUCUACGACUACAGAGAGAAGAAGGCCAGGGUGGUGUUUGGACCUGAACUGGUGAUGCUGGGACCGGACGAGCAGUUCACGGUUCUGUCUCUGUCCGGGGACAAACCGAAGCGGGCCAACGUGAUCAAGGCCGUUUGUCUCCUGCUGGGACCAGACUUCUUCACUGACAUCAUCACCAUCGAGACGGCCGACCACGCCCGGCUGCAGCUGCAGCUGGCCUACAACUGGCACUUUGACAUGAAGUUCCCGGCCGAGCCGGCCGACGCUGCAUCUUUGUUCUCGGUGCCGGACUUCGUGGGGGACGCCUGUAAGGCCAUCGCCUCUCGGAUCAGAGGCGCCGUCGCCUCGGUCCAGUUCGACGACUUCCACAAGAACUCCAACCGGAUCAUCUGCUCGUCCGUGUUCGGCUUCGAUGAGAAGCUGGCGGUCCGGUCCAGUCUGCGGUUCAGUCAGAACCAGCUGGUGAUCAGCAGCGUGGACAUCCAAUCUGUGGAACCCGUGGACCAGAGGACCAGAGAUGCCCUGCAGAAGAGUGUCCAGCUCGCCAUCGAGAUCACCACCAACUCUCAGGAGGCCGCGGCCCGACACGAGGCGGAGCGUCUGGAGCAGGAGGCCCGGGGGAAGCUGGAGAGGCAGCGGAUCACGGACCAGGCCGAGGCCGAGAGGGCCCGCAAGGAGCUGCUGGAGCUGGAGGCGCUCAGCGCCUCGGUGGAAAGUACCGGAGCGGCCAAAGCUGAGGCCCUGUCUCAGGCCGAAGCGGCCCGGAUUCGAGGCGAGGCGGCCGUCAACGAGGCCAAACUGAAGGCCGAGGCGCAGAGGAUCGAGGCGGAGGCGGAGCUACAGCGCCUGGCGAAGGCCCGUGAACAGGAGUUGAGCUACAAGAAGGAGCUGGACACCCUGGAGGUGCAGAAGCAGGAACAUCUGGCUCAGAUCGAGUCCGAGCGCUUCAAGCUGCAGAUGGAGAGUCUCGGUACCGACACGCUGAAGGAGAUCGCCCGGGCUGGACCAGAACUGCAGCUGAAGAUGCUGCAGGCACUGGGUCUGAAGUCAACCCUGAUCACCGACGGCUCAUCGCCUGUCAACCUGUUCACCACGGCCAACGGCCUGCUGGGGGCGCUGCCGGGUCAGAACCAGUGAUGGGUCAGAACCAGGGAGGAGCCGCCAGCUUAAGGUGAAAACUGGAUUUUAUUUUCUGUUCCACUGCAGACCAAGAACUGGGCCUCAGAACCAUCGUUGCUGCUCCACAACCUGUGGGGAAAAUAAAUCUAGUUUCACAACAA